AUGGAAGUCAAAGAAGCAGUUUCUAAAGAAAAUACCGGUGAACCAGUAAAAACAAAUAAUGCGGAAGACAAACCACCGCCAAUACAUGAACAUCCAAAAAAGUCUAAAAAAGGCGACCGGUUGAACCAGGAUGACAAAAACCUAGAGCAGUUCAUGAAAUCCCUAAAUACCUUGCCAAAUUCUGAAGAUAAGUUGUCAUUUGUAUGCAAAAAAUAUGUACAGGCAGCAGAUGAAAACAAAAAGAUGCAAUUUUUUAUAAAGCAAUCAGAAAAGCGAUACACACUGCUUGUAAAGGAAAAAGACCAACUGCAGCAUGAAUACAAUAAGACUAUAUUGGUCAAAUCUAAACUGGAAAAUCUCUGUCGGGAGUUACAAAAGCACAAUAAAGCUAUUAAAGAAGAAUCCCUUAUUAAAAUUCGUGAAGAGGAAGAACGCCGUAAAGAGACACAGGCUAAAUUCCAAAACACACUGUCAGAGAUUAAUGCAUUGUUGCAACAAAACAAUGAGAAGAAUGCCAAACUUAGAGAUGAUAAUAUUAGUAUGACGGAGAAGUUUAAGAGUGUUGUACAGCAAUAUCAGCUUAGAGAACAACAGGUAGACAAAAUGGCCAAACAAAUGUCUUUAGAGUCACAACUAUCAGAUGCAAAGCUUCAAAAGGCAGCAUUAGAACAUCAAGCUGAAAAAGAACGGCUCUUAGCGGAAGCUGAACAGAUGAAAGUCACCCUUGCUCAGUAUAGAGCCAAAAUAAUGGAGCUACAGGGUACAGAGACAGCUCUUAAGGGCCAACUCUCAGUGUAUACUGAUAAAUAUGAUGAAUUCCAGAAUGCUCUGGUCAAGAGUAAUCAAGUUUUUGGAGGUUUCAAAGAGCAGAUGGAAAAGAUGUCAAAGAAAAUUCAAAAGCUAGAAAAGGAGUCUCUCUCUUGGAAAAAGCGUUGGGAAACCUCUCAAACAGCACUGCUGGACAUGUGCGGAGAGAGGCAGGCCAGCGAAGAAAGAGCAGCGGCAGCUAACCGGCAUCUACACCAUAUGCAGGGUCUUUGCAGAACCUUACAAGCUGAACGCACAGUGCUGUUCAACACUCUUAAGGAGCACAACAUAGAACGGCCUCCGAUGCCUGCUCCGACUCCCGCGCCUCCCGCUCCACCACCCAUACAGACAGCUAGUGAUGCUAAGGUGGACGCGAUGGCAGCUAACUGCGCCCAACUAAGACAAAGCCUCGCGCAUUUACAAUCGCAAUUAAAUACAAUAUCAAACAAACAAGAAAAAGAAGAAUCUCCCAAACCAGAAACAAAGAAAAAAUCCAAAUCCAAAAAGAAAGAUAAGGCCCAAAAAGCAGCAGAAAAUGUGGUAAUCACUAAUGAAAAUACAGAAAAACUAGAAGCCAAUGCAAAUAUAGAGAAAACGGAAAAUUCUGAAACAAAUAAAGCCAAAAUAAAUGAAAUUGAAGAAAUCCACAAUCAAAAACCAGAAUCGACAACUGAAAGUCCGGAUGAAAAAAUUGACAACAAAACUAUGGAAAAUCUUAUACAGGCGAUAAAUAUGGCGAAUAUUAAUUUGUGCGACUUAGAAGUUGUAAAUGAUGAUAACAAAACAGUAAUCCAACCGAAUGCAGUAGAUGGCAAUACUGACACAAAUAUAAUAGACGUAAAUAGCGUCACAAACGGCGAAGUAACAGACAGUGGGGAUAAUAAAAUUGAAAAUACUAAUUCUAUAAAUGUAUCUGCGCAGGACAAGGAAAUGAAGGAGAACCAAAUCAACACUAGUGAAAAAGAAAUAGAAAAUUCUGGUGAAAUAAUUGAAGGAAAAUGA